AUGGAGGUUUGGGCUCUAGAGGGAUUUGGCGUUGCUCAUAUUUUACAAGAGAUACUUACUUAUAAAUCUGAUCAUAUUAGAGCUCACAAGGAAGUACUUGGUACUACAACCUGUCGCAAGACAUUCCUGGAGAAACUGAAGUCACAAUAUUCAAACUCAGAAGGCCUGCCUCCAGAUCGGAUUAUUCCAACUGUGGGACUUAACAUUGGUCGUGUUGAAGUGUCAAAUACAAAGCUUGUCUUUUGGGAUCUGGGAGGACAGCUUGGUCUUCGCUCAAUUUGGGAGAAAUAUUAUGAAGAGGCACAUGCUGUAGUCUAUGUUGUUGAUGCUGCUUGCCCAUUGCGCUUUGAAGAUUCAAAAUCCGCACUUGAAAAAGUUCUUCGGCAUGAGGAUCUUCAAGGAGCCCCUCUUUUGAUAUUAGCCAACAAGCAGAAACUUCUGUGCCAGGAUCUUGCUGAUUCCGUAUCAGUGGAAGAACUUGCUCGCUAUCUUGAUCUAAAAAAGUUGGAUGAAAGGGCUUACACUUUUGAAGCUGUUUCAGGCUAUGAUGGGAUGGGGAUUAAAGAGAGUGUAGAGUGGCUAGUAGAUGUUAUGGAGCGAAGUAAGAGAACUGAAAUGUUGAGAGUUCGUGCUGGCAUAACAAAUCCUGGUUCGGUUUAG